AUGCGCACAUUCCACGGAGGCAAAGAUGACCAAAAAGAUGGCACGAUUGAAAAGGACGCGAAGGACAGGCGUGCACAAAUUCUUGUACCCCGUGCGAGAUUUCUAGAUCUCGCAGAACCCCCUGCGGAAGCGAAAGUGGGUCAUGGCAUAUCCUUACAACCCUCAGGUCAGGUAUCCGGACUAUCUGAUCAGACACUGACGGUGGACAAUGUGGAUCAAGCCGCAACUACAACGACGCCAAACGAGACUUUCAACCGAGCCACUGCGGAGGUCAACCCCGGCGAAGAGGAGGACAACUUGCGUCCAGUACGAGGACGAAAAUAUCUGAGGGAAAUAAAGUUACCAAAACGGUUCCCAAAACUCCUCGAGGUAAAAAGGAAACUUGGACGGGCCUAUCCAUUUUCACGUGUGAGGCAUGUCGUCUCAACGGAGCUUCUCACUGAGGAGUUGAGAUGGGUUUCAAGAUACACGCCACAUCCAGAUGCCAUCCGCAAUAUCCUCAGAAUCCUUAUCCAGGAUCGAAAAGUCAAGCCCACUUCCGACCACUACGAGGCUUUGAUUCUAGGGAACUGUUUUCCGGAGCAUGGUUCAGCGGAUAAUGUCAAGGUCAUCUUGCAGGAAAUGGAAAGAGAAGGCAUUCCAAUUGAAGCGCAUGUGUGUGGUGCUGUGUUAAUGGUCCUCACAGUCCACCCAGACACACAACUUCGAACCAGCAUCCUACAAAGAUUGUCACAACUACAGACAUUUUCCGCAGAUGAAUACGCAGAACUGAGUAUCGCAGCCAUGAUUCGCGAAGACCAACUCGAAAUGGCGACUGUACAGCUGGAGAGGCUGCAAAAAGAAAACAGAAAUAUCGGGAAGUGGACAUGGAUUAUGUAUAUCCACGCGGUCUGUGACCGCCAUGAUUUCGAUGCCCUCCUUCAGCUCCUGUACCGGCUGUCGGACUCUCGCUUUCUGUUCCCCCGUCCAACGCUUCUUCACCUCCUCGUCACUGCGAGUGAGAAUGGUAAUAUGGACGUCACCAAAUGGGUCUGGCAUGGCUAUGUCGAAGGCAUGCAUAUUAUUCCCAACGAGGCGAUAUGUAUGAGUGUCCUACGGCUUGCUGCGGACAACAGAGACCUAAACCUGGCAGAAUCAGUGGGUCUAGUAUUGCAGAGUGUUGCCGGGGAUACAAUGACCAUUCCGCCCAGUCUGAUGGACCUACCCCAGAGGUCGACCCAGUGGACGUACAAGAAAAUCAAAGACGAAAAGAACAGCUUGACAUUCGAUUCACCGGACCUUCUCGAGUUUCCAACCGGAUCCCAUCCUCCUUCAUCAAAUCAAGACACAGACGCAGAGAACAAUCCGAUAUCCGACAUCUCAUCUGAAUCAUUGGCCGUGGCUUUCUCCACCCCUCCUGCCCUCCGACCUGCAGCAUUGACAGCACCACGCCGACCGCCGACAGAAGCGCUCAGGAUCUUCGCAGACCUCGGCAUUGACGCCCAAAAGCUCACUGCGCCUCUCAGGACCGAUAAACGAGGCCGUGGCAAUUUAUUCCCGCUGUUCAGGAAGGAAACCGGGCUUCGAGGCGCGAGAUUCGAUCCGCGACUCGCGUUAAUGGAGACCUGGGAUUGGAAGAAGAAGUGA